GUGCGAUAUUUCGAUAUUCAGACUUCAGACUUGUAUUUGCACUCGUUUUAUUAACAUCGCGUAGGGAGUUCUCGGAUCGGAGUAGUGUUCCAGUGACAGAUUUAAACAUCUUGCCAGUGUCAUUACAUAAUAAGUGUCGCAAAUAGUAUUAAAUUUUACAAAAAAUCAGUGAUAACCACUUUCCUAUCAGUGCUAUUCGACAAUCCGGAUCGAAUAAAUAUAUUUUUUCAAAUCUAACAAAUUCUCAAAAGUGUGUUUCAAUUACAAAAAUUGGAUCAAAUUACCCGAAUACACGGUCUUUGGAACACUGAUCUCCCAACAUCAUAUGCAAUCCAUGAUCUCUCUGUAGAGAUAUACUCUUAAUUGUCGUUAUAUCCUGUUCAACAUUAGUAAACCAAAUCAGCAAGAACCAUGCACAUCGAAGUACAAGUUGCACUGAACUUCGUCAUUUCGUACCUUUACAACAAAUUACCUCGACGACGAGUGAACAUCUUUGGCGAAGAGUUGGAGAGGGCGCUGAAGGACAAGUUCCGAGGGCAUUGGUAUCCCGAGAAGCCUUUCAAAGGAUCCGCAUUCCGUUGCUUGAAAACCGGCGACCCAGCUGAUCCCGUAUUAGAGCGAGCGGCGCGCGAGAGCGGUGUGCCGAUUCAAGACAUUUUGGAAAAUCUGCCGCAAGAGUUGGCCGUUUGGGUGGACCCCGGGGAGGUGAGCUAUCGUAUUGGCGAGAAAGGCGCUGUUAAGGUGUUAUUUAGUGAAUCCCCAGAUUCGCAUGAUCCACACGACAACGCAAUUGCAGACCGUGAGGUCACUAAGACAUUUAAUCCUGAAGCACAGUGCUUCCGUCCAGUGGAAGCAGGUUUCAGUGAGCUAAGCUUGUCGCCAGAGGCUCGUAUGCCUUGCGUUUCUGUGAUGCAAGGCGGAAAUUCUCCCUCGCCGCCCAUUGCUCCAAGUCCACCUUCUUUUGCUCCGAGGCCCAGCGCACCGCUCACCUUCACCACUGCGGCGUUCGCUCAAACUAAAUUUGGCUCUACUAAGCUCAAAACUAACAGCAAGCGCGCUAACAGGAUGUCUCCGACCGAGUUCUCGAACUACAUAAAGCAGCGUGCAAUGCAGCAGCAAAUCGGUGGCGGCGGCGGCGCGUCCCACCACAUGCAGGGAUUGCGCUCCCCGUCCCUCAUUCAGCCCGACCACGGCGGCUAUUUCUAUCCGCCGACCCCGUUCCAGCCGUACAAUAGCAGCGCGCAAUAUCCCGCUCCCCAUACGGGUGUUCGUUACGCUGCCCCGGAACCGUCGACGGCCGCCGGCAGCGGUGCGAACAAUGCGGCCAAUGGCAACGCACCCGGCCAUCCGUUUUAUGUGCCGCACACGCAGCACGCGAACACGACUGCUCACAAUAAUGCUGCUCCGACGACUGAAGCUAACAAACUGCUGGACCUGUUGCCCUCCUCCUACCCUGCAAGCCAGUAUCAGCAUCUCCUCGUCGCCAACUAAACCCCAGAGAAUCGUUUUCUCUAUCUCUCUCGUUAAAUUAUUAUACUGAAUACAUACUUUGUAACUUAUUUUUUCACUUGCUUAAAGAAUUAGUGAAUAGGUUAAAAAUAAAAAAAUGUACAAUUAAGAAAAAAAAAACAUUUUUGUAAAUUCAUACAGAGAAUCUUUAUAUAUGCGUGUAUUUUAUAUGCAUGUAUGUAUGUACAUUUCGCACACAAGAAGAUACCUAAGAUGUAUAUAUUCUACACAUAUGUGCAUAUAAUAUUGUCAAGUAAUGUCAUGUGAUAUAUCUCCAAAAGGCGUAAACGCUGGAAGAAAACUGAGUAAACUAGAAAACCAUUGAUGUGUGGAAGAUCUAGUCCAAGAAGCUUUUUUAUGGUAUAAAAUGGAAACAAAAAUGUAAAAAUAUAGUUGCAAUUAUAAUAAUCAUAUCAUUAGAUAUGUAGCGAAUAUGAGAUAGAUUCUUUUUAAAACUUUUAUAAAUUUAUUUAUAUAUAAAAAUUCUCAAUAUAAAUAGUAUACUCAAAUAUAUUUAUAUGAUUUAAUAAUAUUGAAGUUUUUAUAACCAAUAUUUUUCAGUAAAAUUUUCGUAUGAUGAUUUUUUUUAUAAAAGUGCGUAUUAAUUAAAAUAAUAUAAAAAAAAAAAGAUUUUAAAUAAUCAAUAUACUAUUAAAUAUAUGAUCAUUUUUAUGAAGUAUUAAUUUUCUUAUAAAUUAUU